CUACUAGCCAAACAGACCCAGCUUGGAACAAAAACCAGCUAGAAACAGCAUUCUGUCUUCUGUUCCUACCCUGAGUCUACUGAAGAUUGAACCCUAAAAAUAGGUUCUUUCAGACACUUUGGGCGGGAACCGGGGGAUGCCCUAAACAUCGCCGGGAAGACCACUUGCGACAGUGCGCUGGUAUGUUAAGGCUAAUACUGCUGCUCAUCUUUGUAGUGCCGUGCACACCAGGUGUUUGAUAUUUGUUCUAUUAGAUAACUUCUUUAUCUCAUUAGCAUUUGUGUAGCGAGGGAAUACCUUCGACAGUUACCAAUGCAUCUCUGUUUUUUUUCCCUCUUUUUCUAAGUAUGACGAUUAAUGGACUUCAUACAAUUGUUAUCCUGUGCACUAGUUCGACUUGUCUCUUGUGACUUCUGAUGCAGUGGAAAAGUUCAUCUGUAAUGCUAAUACCUCUGUUCCACCUCUGGUCAAUCUUUCACACCAUUCAUUGUUCUAGUAUAAUGUAAUUGUUAUACCCGUUGCUCUCCUUAACAUUGGGUGUUGAUCAGUUUCUAGCGUAUAACUAUCGAGCAACCAUCUGCAGUGAGUGCCUAUGUACCUUAGCCGAUUCUUCCAUAUAGCUAUUCUAUGUAACCCCUUAACCCUCCAAACUCGAUACUUCGCCAGUUAUUCAUAUGUCAAUAAAGUCUCUCUCUACCUUGAGCGAGCGGGGCUCAUUGAUUCAAUAAGAUUAAGUCUCCGGUCCAACUCUCCAGAAUCACUCUUACCCCAUUUAAAUGAUCCUGCUCUUGAUUCCUUCGUAGUAGCCAAUGCACUUAGAUCAGCUCCCUCUGCAGACUCUGCACUGUCUAUGGUUGAAACCCUUAAGAGGAUUCCACAUUUCUCACAUACCCAAAAUACCCUUUACACACUGGCAAAAAUACUUGCGAAAUCCCGGCAAAUUGAGAAACUCACAGCCCUAAUGGAUGCCAUCAAUGCUGGGAAGUUCAUUAAUGUUGCACGCGUCAGCUUUAUGGAUCGCAUGCGGUGGUAUGCUGCUGCUGAAGACCUUGAUGCUGUAAUCCGUGUCUGGGAUGAAUGGAGGGCAUUGCAGAAGCGUCCCUGUACUGAGUCUUACAACAUUGUGAUGGGUCUUUUUGCACAGACUGGUAAGGACUUUGAGGCUGUAAAGAUUUUCCAUAGGAUGAUAGAUGAAGGAGCACUUCCCAAUGCUAGAACAUAUACGGUUAUGAUUGAGCACCUUGUGGAUUCAGGAAAACUGCAUUCAGCGUUUGAAGUUUUUCGUAUAUUGCCAACGAUGAGGAUUAAACAUACUUUAAGGCAGUAUUCAGUUCUGGUGAGGGCAUUCACUAGCAAUGAUCAGUUUGAUGUGGUUAAGACUCUGCUUCAUGAAAUGUCAGUUGAUGCAAUAUUGCCUGGUCGAGCCAUGCGAUGGUCAUUGCAGCGCAUGAAAGAGGCAGGAUUUAUAGGAGAGAAGGAUGAAUUGGUGAAAGCAAUGCUGCCAGAUGAGAGGAUUAAAAAUGUGGGUUAUUCUACUGAUGGUAGUGAUGAUGAAGAUGCUGACAGCAUCAGAGGUGAUGCACUGGGACAAGUUAAGUUGAAACCAUGGUUGGACCCGGCUGCUUUGGGCAGUGCUUUGCGUGACUGGAGAUCUGAGGAGGUAUCAACAUUGGGGGAUGCGAAAAUUGUGUGGACAACUCGGUUGGUUUGCAAGGUGAUUAGGAGUUUCACUUCAGCUGAAACAGCAUGGCAGUUCUUCUGUUGGGUUGCUUAUCAACCAGGAUUUACGCAUGAUAUUUACACGGUAUCAAGGAUGAUUGCCGUGUUAGCUCGGCAUGGGCAUGUUGAUUUGGUUGAGCAACUCAUAUCUAAGACAAAAAGGGAAGGAAUUAGAUUGUCAUUCAGCACGGUUAGGUUAAUUAUUGACUUCUAUGGUCUUUCAGGGAAUGGUGAAGCUGCUCUAAAGGUUUUCCGCAGUGUUAAAACUCUAUGCGGUCCCAUGUCAAAUAGUAGUUUGUUUCUUUUGUAUUCAUCUCUCUUAAGAACAUUGGCCAAGUGUAAAAUGAAAAUUGAGACCUUAGAUAUACUUGACGAGAUGAUUUUGUGUGGGAUUCUUCCUGAUACCCAAACAUUUUCUGGAUUGAUGCACCAUUUUGCACUUCAGGGAGAUAUUAGAACGGUGCAAAGACUCUUUGGGCUAGUUAGGCAGAGUGACGUGGAGCCUGAUGCUUACAUGUAUAAGGUUCUUAUCCAUGCAUACUGCAAGAGUGAGAGAGCAGCUCUUGCACUGAGGGUUUUUGAAGAUAUGAUAAACUCCAAUUUAAUGCCUGAUGCUGCCUCAAAGCAAUUGCUAGUGAAGAGUCUUUGGAAGGAAGGCAAGCUCAGAGAGGCAGCUGCUGUUGAAGAGAGAAGCGAGGAGAUGAGUGAUGCUCUGCCUCUCGUGUUGCCUGGGCACCUGUAUACCGUGAGCUCUGCAGAUCUUACAAGAGUUUAUAACAUUUAUUCCAGUAGUUUUGCCACAAAUGGUAGGGAUUAAAAGUUAAUUUUGAAAGUAAAGCUAUGCUGUAUCAUAAUGCUGAAUGCUUUGUGGCUUCAGGUCAACAUGAUAAAGGUACUUCUCUUAUGACAUGAGUUUGUGUUUGUUUCUCUGUGGCAUUAUUCGAUUUUCUUGAGUGGA